GCAUCCAUAUUGUUUCCGUUUUAGAGGCUGCCACCAUGCUGAGGUUGUGGCCCUUGAGUAAAAGGGUGUUGAACACACCAAGCUGGACAGCUGUUGCAACACGGGGUCAGUCUACUGCCAGUGACAAAGUCGAGGUUUUUAUCAAUGACACCAGGGUAGAAGUUGACCCAGGAACAACAGUGCUGCAAGCAUGUGCUGUGGCUGGAGUAGAAAUUCCUCGCUUCUGCUAUCAUGACAGACUGUCCAUAGCUGGCAACUGCAGAAUGUGUCUGGUAGAGGUGGAGAGAUCGCCCAAGCCUAUCGCCUCCUGUGCUAUGCCAGUAAUGAAAGGCAUGAAGGUCAAGACAGACUCCGAGGUCUCUCGUCGAGCACGUGAGGGUGUGAUGGAGUUUUUAUUAAUGAACCACCCCCUUGACUGCCCUAUAUGUGACCAGGGAGGGGAGUGCGAUCUUCAAGACCAGAGUGUUGCCUUUGGAAGUGAUCGCAGCAGAUUUACCGACAUAAAAUUUACUGGGAAAAGAGCUGUGGAAGACAAAAAUAUAGGCCCUCUUAUAAAGACAAUUAUGACUAGAUGUAUACAUUGCACUAGAUGUAUAAGAUUUGCCAGUGAGGUGGCAGGAGUGGAUGAUCUGGGGACGACAGGCAGAGGAGGUGGUCUCCAGGUCGGGACAUAUGUAGAGAAACUGUUCCGCUCUGAGCUUUCUGGGAAUGUGAUAGACCUGUGUCCUGUAGGAGCACUCACUUCAAAGCCAUAUGCUUUCACGGCUCGACCAUGGGAAACAAGGAAAGUAGACAGUAUAGAUGUCCAUGACGCAGUGGGCAGUAACAUCGUGGUUAGUACUCGGACAGGCGAGGUGAUGAGGAUCCUGCCCAGGGUCAAUGAGGACAUUAACGAGGAGUGGAUCUCGGACAAGAGCAGGUUUGCCUAUGAUGGCCUAAAGAGGCAGCGUCUGGUUACCCCAAUGAUGCAGAAUGAUGAUGGAGUUCUAGAGGAAUGUGACUGGGAGGAUGCACUGAUCACCUGCUCCAAUGUGCUGGACAAUUUCAAGGGCAGUGAGAUAGCUGCUGUAGUUGGGGGACUGUGUGAUGCUGAGGCUCUGGUGGCACUGAAAGAUUUCCUGAACAGUUUGGGUUGUGAGACCCUGUGUACAGAGGAGAGCUUCCCCAUGGACGGGGCUGGGACGGACCUUCGCUCUAACUACCUGUUGAACACCAGAAUCACAGGUGUGGAGGAGGCUGACAUGGUGCUGCUAAUAGGAACAAACCCACGCUAUGAGGCCCCUCUGUUUAAUGCCAGGAUAAGAAAGAGCUGGGUCCACAAUGAGUUAGACAUAGCCUAUGUGGGACCUAAUGUGGAUCUAUCAUAUGACUAUGAGCACCUUGGAGACAGCACUAAGGUUCUUAUGGAGCUGGCCUCAGGGAAACACCCAUUUAGCAAGAAGCUAGCUUCAGCCAAGAAACCUAUGGUGGUAGUUGGCAGCACAGCUCUGCAGGGAAAGGACAGUCUGCUUAUCCACGCUUUGGUGGCUCAGAUAGCUGAGAAGGCAAGAAAGGGCAGCACAGUGGAACCUGAUUGGAAAGUUCUCAAUGUUCUACACAGACAUGCUGGCCAGGUGGCAGCACUAGACCUAGGCUACAAAGCUGGAGUAGAGGAUAUCAAGAAGAGCCCACCCAAGGUGCUCAUUAUGAUGGGAGCUGAUGAUGGUGCAGUCUCCAGGUCUGAUCUACCUGAGGACUGUGUAGUUAUUUAUAUAGGUCACCAUGGCGACCACGGCGCUGCCAUGGCAGAUGUGGUUCUGCCCGGUGCUGCGUACACUGAGAAGGAGGCCACUUAUGUUAACACAGAGGGAAGAGCACAACGCACCCUGAAUGCUGUCUCCCUACCAGGGCUGGCAAGAACAGAUUGGAAGAUCCUCAGGGCUUUGUCCCAGGUAUGUGAUAAAACUCUUCCAUAUGAGACCCUGGAGGGUGUAAGAAGUCGCCUGGAGCAGGUGUCCCCAACCUUUGGAAUGUACGGCCAAGUGGAGGACGCCAACUACUUCACACAGGCACUGCAGUUAACUCAGAGCAUCAAGGGUUCAGAAGCAGGCAGUAUAAUAGACGUCCCCCAGAAGGCACUGAAAGACUUUUUUAUGACGGACUCGAUAAGCCGUGCCUCACGCACCAUGGCCAAGUGUGUCAAGGCUGCUACGGACGACGAAUCCAGCAAAUAUGGCGGGAAAUAUUAGACUGUCGUAAAACAGAAAGGAUAUUUAUCCAUAAAAAACUUGUACCAAAAAUUGAAAUUUUUUAGAGAAAAGACGGAAAGAAAAAAGGAGUAAUGCUCUUAUUUUCAAGAAAUUUGUCGCAGAGAUUUUGGUUAAAAGUAUUGGUAUUAUUGACUUCAAACUGAAAGCAAGAGGAAAGGUUUGAAAAUGUUGUUCUAAAAGUUUGAGUUAUAGUAGGAAACGAAUCACGAAAGUAAAGAAAGAUAUCUUAACAAAUGUGUCUUCGUCGAAAUUUGGACAAGCAUACGAAUGUAUCUUUUUCAAAAUUUGGACGAGAAGCAUUGUGAAGGAUUAAAACACUGCUGAGAGCUGGAUGUAAAAGCUCAUCUAUUUCAACAAAUGACUAACAUACAGAACAACAGUGUUGAUGCUUGUGUACACGAAAUUAUGAUUAUGGUCUUGUUAUACGUGGUUUGCAGUCCAUUUCCAAUUUCUCUGUGGCGUUAGAGUGAGAUAUAACAAGGGAAUAUUAUAUUACUUUCACCAGAUACCCCUGCUCUUUUGCAUGCUUCUGAGAAACAUUUGCGUUUUGUUGUACAGAUAUUAAAAAAGUAAAAAUGUAAAAAAAAAUGUGUCGUCUUUGUUUGCAUACUAAUUAAAUAAUAAAACGUAAAAAAAUGAAAAUAGUUGGAACGACUUUCCUCGAGCUUUAGAUCUAACAUUUCUAAACUCAGUCCCUAUAAUAAGACGCUCUAUAUAUUUAUAAUUUUGUUUGCAUAAAAUCGUCAACAAUAGACUUUAUCUUUAAAAGUAGAGUUAUGCUGCUGUAUAGGCAUCAACAA